AUGGCGGUGCCUUACUCGACAGCCUUCGCACCAACGCAGAGGAGUAGCCAUGAGUAUGUGAUCAAAAUCCAUGCAGACUAUUCGUAUGGACUCGACGUCCUCGCAGCUGCACAUGGUGCAUCCAUGAUAAGUCUCCUAUGGGAAUCCGUUGCUCUCCAUUGUCGCACUACAUUGGCCAAACACCAACAACCCGACACCCUAUCCUGCUACGUCCAGUUCCUCCGACCAGCAGCAGUCGGCCAAGCCCUCAUCUCACUCCAAGACGUCCAACUCAGCAAGACCACCUCAACCCUCCACGCAACCCUGCAUCAAAGCAACAAAGACCGCGUAGUCGCCUACUUCACCAUCUUCAACCGCCUCACCACAAAGGGCAUGUCCCUACCCACCCCAUACACCCCCUCCCCUCCCAUCCCACCCAUUUCCUUCCCCCUCCUCCGCGCCGGACACGACCCCCUCUGGACCAAUUUCCACCGCCCUUACGACAUAUCACCCAAUACCCGCUUCCUCAGCAACUUCCACAUAGCCGUCGAACGCACCGCCCACGCCGACAAACGCACCAUGCAAUCCUACCUCGGCUGGGCGCACCCGCACUCCCGCUGGACUACCGCCAGUCUCGGCGUCGCCUGCGACCUCUUCCUCCCCGCCUCGGAAAACUUCUUCGAUUCCUACCGCUCCGCGCAGGGGAUGGCGGAUGAAGCCGUCUCCGUCGAAACAUCAGGCCAUAAAGGGACUUCCGUGCCGUGGACAAGGCCGUACUGGUAUUUGACCCUAAACGUCAGUAUUGAGGUCAAGAGGGCGCUGCCGGAGGAAGGGGUGGAGUGGCUGUUCAUCCGGAUGCGGACGAAGGAGGUGGUGGAGGGGAAAAUUGAUGUUAGUGGGGAGGUGUGGGAUGCAGAGGGGAGGCUUGUGGCGGUGACGCAGCAGUUGUGGGUGGUGGUGGAGGUGCCGAAUGGGGUGGUGGGGAUGCAGAGGGGGGUGGUUGGGAGGGGGAGUAAGAUUUGA